ACUCUACCAUAUCUUAUAUUGGAAUCUCACACACGUGUAAUCUCGGAGUUUUACAUGUUUUUGAUCAGAAAGACGGAUAUAUAAAUCCAUGAAUCCAAAAAUGAGCUUAUUGAUAUAAGUCAUCGAUUCGUUAAUUUAUUUGCAACCCCAACGGUGUGAAAAUCAACGGAAAUCAUCGGUGUUUCUGCAGCUGCAGUCUGCGUCUUUGCAACCUGAACAGAACACUCGUCUAUUUACACGCCUCAUCCUCGGCGUGGACAGAGACAGCGUAGGGGUCUAUCCGACCACUCAUAUUCGACUAAUGUGAAUAAUUGUACACUUUGACUUUCAUCAUGAAUCAACAACAGCAGCUUCAGCUUUUGGCUGAAUUGGAAGUAGAGAUGAUGGCAGAUAUGUACAACAGAAUGACCGUUGCCUGUCAGAAGAAGUGUAUAGCACCGACAUACAAGGAAGGUGACCUUUCCAAAGGAGAAGCUGUCUGCCUGGAUCGCUGUGUCGCUAAGUACCUGGAGGUUCACGAGAGCAUCGGCAAAAAGUUAACCGAGAAGUCUGCUCAGGACGAGGCCACGAUGAAACAAAUGCAAGGACAGAGUUAGUGA